ACACACACACACACACACACUCACUUCGCCAUCUAACCUGCACAGACAAGGGAAAUGUCAGGACCCAGGCCUGUAGUUCUGAGUGGCCCAUCAGGAGCUGGGAAAAGUACCCUGUUGAAGAGACUCAUGAAAGAAUAUGAAGGGGUUUUUGGAUUCAGCGUCUCCCACACCACCAGAAAUCCUCGUCUAGGAGAGGAAAAUGGAAAAGGGCUGAAUUGUCUCCCAAUGCUUCUGGGGGCUACAUUACUUCCUGUAGCAGACGUCCUGUCCUCUGAGACAUCUAAAGAUUACCACUUUGUCACCAGAGAGAAGAUGCAAGAUGGAAUCGAUAAGGGUGAAUUCAUUGAGAAUGCAGAGUUUUCUGGGAACAUGUAUGGAACCAGCAAAUCAUCCAUAGAAGACGUUCAGGCACAAAAUCUCAUCUGCAUCUUGGAUGUUGACAUACAAGGAGUGAAAAACAUUAAAAAGACAGAUCUGAACCCCAUAUAUAUCUCCAUCCAACCUCCUUCAAUGGAGUUACUGGAAAAGCGUCUGAGAGACAGACAAACAGAGACAGAGGACAGUCUACAGAAGCGUCUGGAGGCAGCGAGGAUUGACAUGGAACUCAGUAAGGAACCUGGGGUUUUUGAUAUGGUAAUCAUUAAUGAUGACCUGGAAGAAGCCUAUGAGAAACUCAAAAGUGUUCUUAUUGAGGAAAUUGAGAAGGUGCAAGAUGCCAAGAAUUAGGAAAGGAUAAACAGCACUUUUGACCUUUCUGCCCGACAACACAAGACAUGAAGCCUUUUUUCCAGCCUUGUACGGUGCAAUCAUGAUGUUGGUUCUCAUGUCAGACUCUAUUCACUUAAAUGGGUAAUCAAGACGGGUGUUAUGUUCAAAAGAGUGUGAUAUAGAGCUUUUCUCUGUGGGUGAGAGAAAAUCUAUGCAUUUAUGUAAAAAAUAUCUCAAUCUCAGUUGAAGACUUAUCUCUAUUAACCCUUUCCAGCAUGUUUGCACCUUGAAUUAUGAA